AUGAACGCGACUCCAACGAACCGGCUCAAAAUCACGCCGGGUAACUCCCCCUACCUCCAACGACCGAGCCCCCGGACUCCCCUCAGAGGACCCUUUCCUCACGAAUCCCGCCUCUCUCUCAAGCGCGUAAUCGGCACUACCUGUGCCUCGCCCACGGGCUUCGACACCGUAAACUCCUCCUUCGCAUACAUCGCGGGAGGCGCCGUCGUCGUCGUCGAUGUCGACGGCCAGCACUAUGCCCAGCGCUUCUACCGCGCCCGCCCGACAGCCGCCCCCGUCUAUGGCUCUGCACCUCUAUCCCAUACCAACCACUCAACGCCCUCGACCCCCAAGGCAAACGACAGCAGGAAUCGGGUCGUAACUGGGACCCGCGACUCGCAGAGCUGGUCCGAUUCGCCAGGCUCGACAUGGACGAGCCGUGAGCGCAUUAAGGCGGCGACGUGCUUGGCCUUGAGUCGGGACGGGAGGUAUCUGGCCGUGGGCGAGACGGGCUACGCUCCGCGCGUGCUCAUCUUCAAUCUCGAGGAUGCCUCGUCCGACGUGCCCCUGGUCUCUAUCAGCGAGCACGGGUUUGGAGUGAGGGCAGUGGCUUGGUCGUCUGACACUAAAUGGCUUGCUUCUCUUGGUACUGCCAACGAUGGCUUCCUUUUCAUCUGGCGAACUGACCCCCGUACUGGCUCUGCCAAGCUGUACCAGCAAAACAGGUGUACGUCCACCAUCAAAGGCAUGGUAUGGAUGGGCAACAGCCUGGUCACGCUCGGCGUGCGGCACAUCAAGAUAUGGCGGGUUGAGGAGGUCCAAUCUAUUUCGCCAUCCAAGCCCAAGUUCAGCGACGUCAGUUCGACACCUCAAGCAUCCCAAAGACUCCUUGGCGGUCGAAACGUCCUUCUCGGCUCGCUUCUGGAAGCUACCUUUAGCUGCGCAGCCGUGGUCGACGAAACUAGCAUCAUUAUCUGCUCCGAGGCCGGCGACGUGUGCAUGGUCGAGGACGAUGGCAAGCAGUCGAGGCUCAUCCGGUGCCUCAACGUCGGAUUCCUAGUCACUUCCAUCACCAUCAGACAUGCCACCGCAUAUCUGUCAGGAAAAGCCGGUCAGUUUGCGACGCUCAGCGUAAGGGCUGUCCUUGACAGCCUCUCGGACGCAGUCCUUUCCAGAAGCGUCGCGCCGUCUGGGUUGGUGGCUAUGGGCUUUCUCACAGAAAAUCUCGUCACAAUCAACGAGAAGCACACUGUCGACAUCUGGAGCUCCAACUAUCUGCCAGGCAAGACCGAGGGCGACUCUUCUCACAUAUCUAUACCUGGCCACGGGGAUCAAAUCUUGGGCAUCCAGGCCUUGUCAAAACCGAACGACCAAGACGCCGAUUUCAUCACGUGGUCCGGUUCCGGCAGAGUCAUCUUUUGGGACAUGAAUGGGACGAUCAAGUGCUCUAUCGAAGUGCCAAUUGACCAGGCCAUCCCUGAAAACGAGAUAGACCCGGUAAAUCAGCUCAAUGUGGUCCGAACCACGAGGGCCGGCAAGAUGCUUGUAGCAGCCGACAAGUUUGGGGUGCUCAGAAUCAUGGACCUGUCAACAAAGGAAUGCCUGCUCGAGACGAAGGCGCAUUCCUCGGACUGCCAGGGCGUCACUAUCUACGAGGACGACAACAAGUUCCUGCUGGCGACUUGCGGUAGGGACAGGACGGUACAGCUCUUUCAUCGCACAUCGGCCGGGGAGUUCCGGCACUUCCAAACGCUAGAGUUCGCUGCCAGAGUCGUACAAGCGCUCAUUCCGGCAAACGAUAAAAUCAUGACUUGCUCUCUGGACAGGACGCUGCAAAUCUACGAUAUUGUCUGCAAGCCCGUCGACGUCGACGAGAUCGCGGCCCUCCCUUCCCGGACAAACAUACUAAAGGCAGCGCCAACGUCCUUUACCCUCGGCCCGGACGACAGAACUGCAUUCGUCUCGAUGCUGGACCGUUCGGUCUGCCAGUACGACCUCUCCAAUGGCAAGCUACUCAACUGCUUCAAGUGUGUCGACGAAGGCGGAUACGAGACCGCCAUACUGGACUCUCUGAUCUUCAGCCAGCCUCCGGGCAAAGAUACGGGCGUUCUUCUCGGCGUGUCCAACACGGACAAAUCUGUGCGUCUCUACGAUGCCCAAUCUGGCCACUUUGUAGACAGGGAAUGGGGACACACAGAAGCCAUCAACGGCGUCACGUUGACAGAGGACGAUGAUGGCUCCCAGAGGGUCAUUAGUGUCGGGUCGGACGGUACUGUGAUGUUCUGGGGCAUGGAAAGCGAGGACAUCCUACCUUUCUCCAUUGGCGGGGACCCGUUGCCAAUGAAGGAUGGACCCGCCGCUGCUAGACUACCUCUGAGACGCGUGCUCUCAAAGGCCGAACUGGCAGAGUUCCAGCGGCCCUCUUCCGCACAGAGCGGUCGUCGCUCGCCCCCGAGGACCGUUCGCAAACGGACGUCUCGGUAUGGUCUGGGCAGCAGCGCCAGCACACCCAAGACGGCCAUGCAAAGUAGCCCGCUGGCCGAAGAUACACCAUCGCGACGUUCCUCUGGCAGCCAGUCUGGCAGCCCGCCUGUUAGCCCAAAGUCGAAAGCGUCUGGACGGCCCUCUCUUCCGUCCCUGGGUCUGCCGCCGAAGAAGAGCUCGCCCAAACUGCGGGGCUUUGGCAGUCUCAACAUGUCGACCGAACAGACUUGCCGCACACUGAGAGCGUAUAGAAAAAAGCUCGCGUCGACGGACCCUCUCAGCGAGGAUGUCAUCUUCGAGCUCGACCAGGAAUUGCGCCUAACUGCUGCCGCUCUCGGCGACCGAGCUACGAGGACAAAGGCUCUACAUGACUCGGCCCUCCUCAGCGGCCUUCUUGACCAGUACGAGGAGCGUCUGGCUUCCAUGCUUGACGAGAAGCUGCGGAACACCUUCCAGGCGAGAGAGAUUUCCACUCCAACUGAGGAGCGAGAGGAAAUACUCAUCGUGCCGCAACCAGACACGGGCGGCGACGAAACCACCUCUACAUCAUCAUGA